GAUCAUGAGUACCAGAGCGUCGUACCAUCGCCUUUCUGCGUCUGACGUGGCUAUGGUGGAUUUGUAAACGAGGGCCCUCGAGAGUCUCAUCGACUCUCUCUCACGUGAGUGACUGCCUACCAACGACGACGACACUGUAAGACUGAAUAGUGUGCGAAACUUGUCGUCCUCGCAAGACCAUUGGAAAUGUGUAGUAGCCUCGAGAGCAGGUCGCAGAUCAGAGGUGCUGAAAAGCGAGACGUGAGGUGACAGACACACAGACCCAAGCUCAAGCAAACCGACAAGAUGCUCGUCAACGCAAAUUUUCCAGUCGUCCACUGUAAAGCCACCGACCCGUACUGCUGGGGUAGGAAAGGAAAGGAAACCUUGACGGCCUCUGCUGACAUCUGUUUCCAAGACUCAAGGAGGAGGAUCCCUGCUCCGGAUACGCCCUGCCAAUGAUCCCCCAACCCUCACUCUAGCACGGGUGCCUGGGAAUUGCAUCAUGUGACGAGAUGGUCUUGAGAAGUCGCAAACAUUUGUCAUGCACUGGUGGAGGAGCUGCAUGCUGGUGACAGGAGAACCUCUAGAUCUCUUGAGAACCAGUCAGUCAGUCAGGAUUUUACGAGCCUUCGAAGCUCUGGCUUCUUCUCGUGGGUGUCUGUCUGUCUGUCUAUCUUCGAAGCUGAGCAUUAGAAUUCGAGCAGCUCUGCCUGCUUUCAGAGAAUUUCUGAGCUCAGUGUCAGCUCAUUUUCUUCUGAGGUUUGAAUACUGGUGCUGCAGGAGGAGGUGUUCGAGAGCUGGAUUUGUGAACUGGAUGACUCUGCGUGUAGGUAGGUAGGAAGGUAGGUAGUCAGUGACUGGACAUCGAUUGCAGUGCAGCUUGUAUAUAGAAGGUGUCGAAAUUCGACGAAAUGGUAGCGGAUGAGACAGUUCCCAGCGCACUGGAAUUGGGAAACGGAACCUUGAAGCAAAGGCAUCAUCAAGCAGAUCCGGACGCUGCCAAUAAGGAUGCAGGGGCCUUGUUCGUCUUGGAAUCCAAAGGGACGUGGAAGCACGCAGGAUUUCAUCUGUCGUCGUCGAUUGCCGCGCCGCCGCUGCUGACGCUGCCAUUCGCCUUUGUGGCCUUGGGCUGGGAGUAUGGAGUGCUGAUGCUCGUGCUGGGCGCCGCUGUCACAUUCUACGCCUACAACUUACUGUCCAAGGUGUUGGAGCAUCUGGCCGAGCAAGGUCGCCGUCACCUUCGAUUCCGUGACUUGGCCACCGACGUUCUCGGACCUACUCUCUCGAAAUGGAUCGUUUAUCCGACGCAGCUCGUAGUCUGUAUAGGGGUGGUAAUUGCAAGUCCCCUUCUGGGAGGAAUCAGUAUCAAAAUUAUAUACAAACUGUAUGCUCCUGAUGGAGAUCUCAAGCUCUAUCAUUUCAUCAUCAUAUUUGGAAUCGGAUUGAUAUUCGUCGGCCAGAUGCCAUCAUUCCAUUCCUUACGUUAUAUCAACUUCGUGUCUCUCGUUAUGACUCUCUGCUACAGCUUCACAGUUUCCGGAGCUUGCAUUUAUCUAGGUAAAUCGGACAGAGCUCCUGCUAAGGAUUACAAUCUACCGGGAAGUGAAACUCAGAAAGUUUUUGGAGCGUUCAACUCCUUGGCCAUCAUUGCAACGUCGUAUGGAAAUGGAAUCAUUCCGGAAAUACAGGCAACUCUGGAGCCGCCUGUGACAGGCAAAAUGUUCAAGGGUUUGACAGUGGCUUAUGCCGUGGUCAUCUCCACCUUCUUCACCGUCGCCAUUUCCGGGUACUGGGCUUUCGGAAAUUCUGCAGCAGGCAGCAUCUUCACCAAUUUCCUUGAAGCCGAUGGAACGCCACUUGUUCCCAAAUGGCUCAUUGUCAUGCCCAACGUCCUAUGCAUCAUCCAGCUUCUGUCUGUCUCCAUUAUAUACUGCCAACCGACAUUCGAUUUGUUGGAGGGCAAGAGUGCAGACGUAGAGAAAGGACGAUUUUCUGCUCGGAAUUGGAUCCCUCGUCUGAUUCUGCGCACGACAUUUCUGUGCGCGUGUACUCUGAUCGGCGCCAUGUUUCCCUUCUUCGGCGAUGUGAACGCCAUAAUCGGGGCCUUCGGGUUCACUCCGCUGGACUUCGUGUUCCCAAUGCUGUUCUACAUCCUGGUCUUCAAGCCGCCCAAGCGCUCCAUCAAAUUCUGGGGCAACCUCAUCCUCCUCGUUGCUUACACUGGGGUCGGUGUGGUGGGCGCCAUCGCUGCCAUCCGCCAGCUCGUUCUGGACACCAGCUAUUAUAAGCUUUUUGCCGAUAUUUAGAAGUCCAUAUUUCUUGCACAUGAGUAAAAUUUUGUCCACACGGAGUUC